AUGGUCGAGCGCAUCAAGAACACCGAGUUCUUCAAGCCCAUCUGGGGUGACCUGGAUGAGAUGAUGAAGCCCGAGCUUUACAUCGGUCGCAGUGCCCAGCUUGUUGACAAGUUCUGCGGCCCUGGUGGUAAGCUUGAGAAGAAGCUUCAGCCUUACCAAGCGGCUAUCCAGAAGGCUAAGGCUGCUGAGUUGAAUGUUUAA